ACCUGGCAGUGGCGGUGGGGAAGUGAACUGGACAUAGGGAACUUAAGUCAUAGUUGCAACCCUACAGCUGAUUGGCAGGAACUACUGUGGGCCAUACAUUUAACCUCCACCUCUCAAAUGGUCCGUUCUCAUUUAUCCAGCUUGGGUUAUGGGUUUGUCUUUUGGUUGGACAUUGAUGUUUAUCAUUCAGUGUUAACAGUGUUAGUUAUGUGUCUAAUACUGUUUUAUGGUAUACAAAAGAAUUUUAAAGUAUCCUGCAUGUAGAAGAUUUGCAAUCUAUGUGAAACGUAAUAUCCAUGUGAAACAACUAAUGAACACAGUAUGUAAUGGUGUGGAGCAGAGAAGUUAAAAAUAGAAGUGGGAAAGAGAUCUGUGAACUAAAGGCCCUUUCACACAUAAAAGUCUGACACAGUAGAUAUUGCAUGAAAGAUGUGUGUCGGGCUUCCCUGGUGGUGCAGUGGUUAAGAAUCCGCCUGCCAAUGCAGGGGACACGGAUUUGAGCCGUGGUCCGAGAAGAUCCCACAUGCCAUGGAGCAGCUAAGCGCGUGCGCUACAACUACUGAAGCCUGCGAGCCUAGAGCCCGUGAUCUGCAACAAGAGAAGCCACCGCAAUGAGAAGCCCGCACACUGCAACAAAGAGUAGCCCCCGCUUGCCGCAACUGGAGAAAGCCUGCGCGCAGCAACGAAGACCCAACGCAGCCAAAAAUAUAUAAAUAAAUUUAUUUAAAAAAAAAAAAGGUGUGUCCCUUUGCUCUUACCCACUUGACUUUAUUGUGUCUGGAUGAUGCCCAGAUCUCUAACUGCGGGUCUCUGCCCUUUCCAGAGUUAUUCUGUUCUAUAAACAUUAGGUAUGGGGCUUCCCUGGUGGCUCAGUGGGUAAGAAUCCGUCUGCCAAUGCAGGGGACGUGGGUUCGAGCCCUGGUCUGGGAAGAUCCCACAUGCCGCGGAGCAGCUCAGCCCAUGCGCCACCACAACUACUGAGCCUGCGCUCUAGAGUCCACGAGCCACAACUACUGAGCCAGUGAGCCAGAACUACUGAGCCAGCGUACCACAACUACUGAAACCCACACACCUAGAACCCAUGCUCUGCAACAAGAGAAGCCACCUCAAUGAGAGGCCUGCACACCGCAACGAAGAGUUGCCCCUGCUCACCACAACUAGAGAAAGCCCGCAUGCAGCAACGAAGACCCAACACAGCCAAAAAUAAAUAAAAACAAAAACAUUAGGAGGAAGCCACGGGACGACGUGGAGGGUCCCCACAGAGAAUGGAGGCUCAUCAGCAUCGGAAACCACAGGAAACCAGCUCUAAGUGGUGCAUCAGUCACGUCGGUCUCCAGCACCCACUGCGGAGAAGUGCUUGAUGGCUCUGUCAGUUUUCUAAGCGAGAGGAUGAAGCACGUGUCCAGGGGAGAUUCAAGGCCAGGAGCAAGCUAAGGGGCGGGUCUGAUCUGCAGGGUGUUGCAGGAGUAGGAGGAGUUAAGAAGUGGGUGCAGCCCGCCAUCCAUCCCCCUAACCCUGUGCCGGCCUCUUUCCUGUUAUUUCUCUGCCAGAGCAGGAAACCCCCUUGCCCUCCAGGUAGGGGAGUAGGGUUUUCUGGGGGGCAAGUGUCCUUCAGUCCCUCCACUUGGAGAAGGAAUGUGGCCCGGCCGGCUGGUUGGGAUUAAGAAGGAGCUUUGGGGCAGGGUGGGGCAGGGGCAGGCUGAGGCGAGGGCUCCUGCUGGCACUGCCCUCCCUGCUGCUGCACGCAAGGCCCUGCCACCCACCUUCAGGAGGUGCAGCCAUGUUCUGGAUACCCUGACCCCUCGGAAGCCCAUGGGGAGCCCCGGACUGGCAGCCCUGCUCCUGCCUCUCGUCCAGCUCUUCGUUGGCCUGUCUGCCUCUGCUGGUAUUGGCUGCCCCUACCUUCCCAGCUGGAGCACCCUCUGUCUGCUGGCCUCCCACAUGGAUGACAGUUUCACUGGAAGGUCUGCCCAGAUUCCUCGCCAUACUCUAUCGGCCUUUCCCCCCUCCCCAAAGCCUUGGUGUGCUUGGCUCUGCCACUGUCCCUGCUGUUGGUGCCUGCAUCUGGUGUCAGAUCCUUCGGGUCUUCAGUGGGGCUGGCUCCACCUCCUGGUGCAGAAAUCCAAAAAGUCUUACAAGUUCCGGUUCUGUAGGAGGCACACGAUGCCAGCAUCUGCUCAGACACCUCCCACAAGGGGCUGCGUUCCAAAAGAACCCAACCUGCAGAUCCAGAGAAAGGGGAAGUUCUCUCCAAACGUGGCUCUCAAAGGCUUGGAGGUAGGCACAUCGUGUGACUGGAGAUGGUGGAGCCAAGAAGUGGUACCUGUGCUAAGGCCAAAAGACAAGGUCACCAAGUCCCCCUUCUCCCCAGGGCCUGAGUUCUCCUUUGACUUGCUGCCUGAGGCACGGGUUAUUCAAGUGACCAUUCCUCCAGGCCCUGAGGUCAGUGUGCGUCUUUGCCACCAGUGGGUACUGGAGUGUGAGGAGCUGAGCCGUCCCUUUGAUGCCCAGAAAAUUGUGUCUGGGGGCUGCACUGUAGACCUGCCUUAUGAAUUCCUUCUGCCCUGUCUGUGCAUCGAGGUGUCCUACCUGCAAGAAGACACCGUGAGGCACAAAAAAUGUCCCUUCCAGAGCUGGCCUGAAGCCUAUGGCUCGGACUUCUGGGAGUCGGUGAACUUUACUGACCACAGCCAGCACAGUCAGAUGGUCAUGGCCCUGACUCUCCGGUGCCCACUGAAGCUGGAUGCCUCCCUCUGCCAGAGGCGGGGCUGGCACACCCUCUGCGAAGACGUCCCCAAUGCCACGGCUCGAGAGUCAGAGGGGUGGUAUGUCUUGGAGAAGGUGGACUUGCACCCCCAGCUCUGCUUCAAGUUCUCUUUUGGAAACAGCAGCCACGUUGAAUGCCCCCACCAGACAUUCGGUGAGCCAAUAAGUGACCCUGGCUGGGACCCCUUCCCACCAUUUCACCCUCAUGCAACUGCGGCAAAGCCAAACUCUAUGCCUGCCCUGACUUCUCUGUCAACUGCAGCCCGGCUCCUAUCACCUCCCACAAAACAUCAUCUAUUACAUGUUGCCCUUUCCUACCCGCUGGCAGCCCCAUCCUGGAACGUGAGUAUGGAUACCCAGGCCCAGCAGCUGGUCCUUCACUUCUCCUCAAGGAUGCCUGCCACCUUCAGUGCUGCCUGGAGCCACUCAGGCUUGGGGCAGGACAGCAUGGUGCCCCCUGUGUACAGCAUCAGCCAGACUCAGGGCUCAAGCUCAGUGACACUAGACCUCAUCGUUCCCUUCCUGAGGCCAGGGGGCUGUGUCCUGGUGUGGAGGUCAGAUGUCCAGUUUGCCUGGAAGCACCUCCUGUGUCCGGAUGUCUCUCAUAGGCUCCUGGGGCUCUUGAUCCUGGCACUGCUGGCCUUCACCACCCUACUGGGUGUUGUUCUGGUGCUCACCUGCCAGCGCCCACUGUCAGGCCCAGGUCGAGCGCGGCCGGUGCUACUCCUGCACGUGGCGGACUCCGAGGCGCAGCGGCGCCUGGUGGGAGCGCUGGCUGAACUGCUGCGGGCCGCGCUGGGCGGCGGGCGCGACGUGAUCGUGGACCUGUGGGAGGGCACGCGGGUGGCGCGCGUGGGCCCGCUGCCGUGGCUCUGGGCGGCACGGGCGCGCGUGGCGCGGGAGCGGGGCACCGUGCUGCUGCUGUGGAGCUGCGGCAGCCCGAGCCCCGCCGGCGGCGAUGCCCGCGCCGCGCCCCUGCGCGCCCUGCUCCGCGCCGCCCCGCGCCCGCCGCCGCUGCUCGCUUACUUCAGUCGCCUCUGCGCCGAAGGCGACAUUCCUCCGCCCCUGCGCGCCCUGCCCCGCUACCGCCUGCUGCAAGACCUGCCGCGCCUGCUGCGGGCGCUGGACGCGCGGACUUCCACCCAAGCCACCAGCUGGGGCCGCCUUGCGGCCCGGCCGUGCCUGCGGGGUCGCGUGGAGCAGUGCCGCCAGCUGGAACGCGAGACCGCCAAACUUGCCGAUCGAGGCUGAGCAGAGCUCACCGCAGUCCAGAUGUCUGUGGCCGCAGGCCUAGGGGCACUGGCUGGAAGCCCCGAAUGAGGCUUCUACCCCGGAAUCGUUGGAUGCCUCCUAGGGGCCACUGGCGGCGAAGCCUUACGCUGCCUCCCAGCCCGGGAGCGGGGCAUCACACUCACUGUCCCCGCCCGUUCCCCACGUUCCCCACGUUCCCCACGUUCCCCCAGGGUCCAGUCUCUUCCUCAUGCUUAUGCUUGAGGGUUCUCUCCCUCAGAACCCCCAGGGAGAGUCACUCUUUCCUGAGAACUCCUCUGACCUCAGUGCUGUUGUGAGUGGGGGAUCGUCCCACUUCCUCUCUCCGAAAUGCCAGAGAAUAGUCUGCAUGUGCUCCAGUCCAGGCCAGAGAGGUUGGGACAGGGGUUGGGGAGGCGGGAGCUAUGGCAGCUCUGAGUGGGAGGCGGCUUCAGAGGGGGUGAGGGGACAGAAAACCCCUUUGGGAGCCAGGGAUCCCCCUUUUCCAGACCGGGGCCCUGCCCAGAGUGGGAGGAAGGGAGGGAGGGAGGGCUCUGGACCCAAGGAAGGAGGCUUUGGCCCUGGGUGAUGGGGGCAAAGGUGGGACAGUGGAGACUGAGAUAGAGAAAGUUGAAUAAAGGUGAACAUGAUGGAUAAACUAAGAAACACAAGGUGCUUUUCCAGUGUGCCCAGGGUGCUGAGUUGGAAGGGUCAGCAAGAACCUGACUGGCGGUUGUUAUGCAUCAUUUUCUGGGCCCAAAUCCACAUCCAUGUCGGUCAUAUUCUCACAAGCAAUGUCUCCCUGGAAAUUUCCUUGAUCCUUACUGUGAUUCUUCAGAGAGAAGAGAGGAAAACACAGGUUCAGAAAGGUGGUGUGGGUCCACAGUCACGCAGCCAGCCCAUGGCAACAGCACAAACAGGACCCUGUCUUCCUGGCUCUGGGUCCUGAGUCCCAUGCCCCCCUCCCCCUCACUUGAACCUAGGCUGGGAAGUGGUGAAAAGCUCACGUUAUGGUGCCCCUUGUCCCUGUCUUUAGAGAUCCUGUCCCACGAUGAGACCCAAGGGGAAUGUCUGAAGGGACCUGGGGUGGCCAGUAAGAGGGGCCCUGUGGACACCAAGAUCCCAGAGUCACAUGGGAAGUGCAAAUGCCCCAGGAUUGCCUAGGGCGUCGGUUGUCUCGAUGGAGCCUUCCUCCUUAGGGACUCCCAGAGUGAGUAAGAGCUCCCUUACUCAGCCAUUAGGCCACCAGCCUCUCCAGGGGCCCCUCCCAGCCAG